CGAAUCCGACACUCGGUCGCCAAUUUUUUCUCUGAUUCUUGCACACAAAAUUAGGCAAAGCGGUACAAACUGACCAUAGCAAGCAAAAAUCUUCACUGUCCCAUCGGUCAUUUUUUUCCUAUGCAUCUCCCGUUUAGGCGUAUUAGCAUCGUCAUGAGUCAUCCUCGCGAGUGAGCUUCCGCAAACGCUGCAAAGUGGCCCUCAAUUCAUCUUUCGCUAAUAUGCUUCAAUGUCUCUGGCUCUUCCUUAUGCGCCUCUUGCUGUUACGCAUUUUAUAUCUGGCAUUGCGAUUUCCUUUAGCUCAAGAGCUUGCAGGUCUCUACGAAUUCCUUGCAGAAAAAUCCCCAAAAGCAUACCCCUAGCAAGUAGAAUCAGAAAAUCAAUUGGUAUCGCGACCCCAGCGGCCCAGGAUGACUAGAUCGCUCUCCUCUCCGCCAACCUCCAGAUCGCGACCACGGAAAAUGGACGACACUGAGCACGAGGUUGCCCACCAGCCGCAGCUGACCGCCGUCCUCGUCCAUUCGCAUCAAGCAAUCCGGAUCAGAUCAAGAUCGACCCCACCCUCUAUGCCGUCAAGCGAAUUAAACACAAGGGAUACGGAGAUGGUCAACCUCCAAGAUAGCGACAUCCCGCCAGAUACUUCGACGCAGAAAGAAAGACCAAUUACGAGGGCAACCGCGAUCGCAUCCAUGAGAUCAGAAUCAGCUCCACCAACCGCAUUCUUCAAACAAAAAGCAAUGCCGGCAUCAACGUCCACGACAUCCCCCCAAGAAAUUACAAUCCAAAAGAGGGACAGCGGCACUCUACCAUCGAAUCAAGUAGCUGUCAAAGCCGCUUUUCAUCCAUCUAAUGGCCGCGGCUGGAGCAUCCUAUCGACAGAAGACUUUCCGCAGCUCGUUACAGGUAGAAGCCGCGCCGCAUCGAGUCAUUAUUGCGCCCCAGACUUCAGCCGGCUGAUUCCCGACCUCGCGAGAUCAACUAGCAGAAAGCUGGCAUCUUCAUCCUCAUCGAAUUCGAGUGGCGCCAUUACAAGCAAAAGUCGCCGCACAUCAAGCAAUAGUCCUCUACGAGUAGCAUGGGGAUCUAUCCGGCUACAAUUAUCAAGCGGAGCAGCUGCAUCCACCUCAUCGAACUUUUCUCGGUCAUCGAGCAAGCAAACUACCUCGACCUCAAAUAGCGACCCCACGACGGUAUCCGAAAAAGAAAAAUUAAUAACAGGAGGCAGCUCAAAUCCGCAUGUGUCAAGCUUCCCAGCAGCUGCGGCACUUUUCGCUGACACCUCUCCGGACGACGACACCAUCGAAGAAGAAGAAGCCACAAAUACGAGGAAAAUCUCUUCGCCAAAGAAAAAGCGUCGAACAAAGAAAAAGCAGAUAAGGAGUAGGUCGCUGAUUUCAAACUGGCGUUGGCUGGAAGGUCUCUG